UUUAACACUACCAUGUUAUUAAAAAUGUUUCUGAAUACAGUUCAUUUGAUAUAACCAAUUAAUUAAAAUUAGUGUUUUGUUUAAAAAUACAAACAUGUUUAAGUACAAAAUAAUUUGAAACUAAUAGAAAUUAAUUUUACGCUGCAUGCGAAGGUAAUUCAUGACAAAUAAUGGCUGCCUUAAAUACUAAGUCAAUAAGAAAAACUGAAUAAAAGCAAAAUGGCAAAGACAAAGCAGGUGUUUGGAGAAUUCAAAUGCAAAAUCUGCACUAAGGUAUUCACCGAGAGAGCAGGACUCGCACAGCACAUUCAGCUGCACAGAACAGACCGCCCGUUUGCGUGUAAGAAGUGCACGUACACGUGCAAGACCAAGAAAUAUUUAAACAAGCAUAUAGCGCGGGUGCACAGGCAAGCCACGGGCAAUGAGUGCGGGGUCUGCUCCAAGAAGUUUCACUUCAAAUGCCAACUAGACAAGCAUAUGUAUGUUCAUACGAAUGCGAAGCCUUUCAAAUGUGAGGUCUGCAAUAAGGGAUUCAACUCGACAUACUCGCUUUCAACGCACAGACAUCUACAUACGGGCGCAAAACCGUUCAAGUGCAGCUACUGCGAGUACGCGUGCAGAGACAGCUCCACCUUGCGGAAGCAUCGCGAGAGACACACGGGCAUCACCAGACUCUACCAGUGCACUGCGUGCGACAAAACCUACAAGACCAAGCGGGUGCUGAAGGUGCACGUGGCGGAAGUUCACAUGGAGUUGGACAUGAAGACAAAGCCGUGCCCCGAGUGCGGGAAGCUGUUCAAAACGGUCAAGCAUUUGAACAACCAUGUCAGACAAACGCACCAGCGGCUGUACGAGUGCAAGUGCGAGAUCUGCGGCGCGGUGCUGUCCAGCAAGUACAACAUGAGGACGCAUCUCACAACGCACAUCGACUACCGGCCCUUCGCGUGCGGCUUCGACGGCUGCGCCAAGCGGUACAAGGAUAAGCAAGCUUUAAAGAAGCACACGAUAGUCCACUACCCGGAGAAGCACUUCGUCUGCGACGUGUGCGACAAGAAAUUCACGCGGCUGCACCGGAUGUACGACCACAAGAAACAGCAUCAGGUGAAGCGAAAGUCCGUGUUCUGCGAUCACUGCGGGAAAGGUUUCUACAAUAAGAACUACGUCCGCUCGCACAUAACUCGCAAACACAUGUACAGACAGCAUUACAUAUGCGACCUGUGCGGCCUGCUCACGUACAACAAGCCGAGCAUAGUCAUGCAUCUCAAAUACGGACACGUUUCAGAAAUGGACAGAAAGUGUAAAAUAUGCAAGAAGACGUACAAAAAACAUCUGUAUCUGAAAGCGCAUUACUGGAAGACUCACUGCAUCAAAUACAAACUCAAUAAAAAUCGGUUAAGGAAAUCCAAAAAACCUACGGACAGCGUAACCGACGACUUGAGGGACACGAAAAUAAUGCACGAAAUCAAAGUUGAACCGUUGAGCGAAAAUGAAGACGUAACUGAGUCUACGGAAUACUCUGAGGCAGUUCUCUCUGAGGAUACAAACAUAGCUAUGUCAGAAAACAGAACCAAUGCCGGUACAGCUGUUAAGAAAUUCACUGAUUUCUUCAUAGAGCAUAUAAUAAUGCCUUCUACAUCAAACGACGAAGCACGACAAAAGGAGACAGACGUUUACGUGGAUGUAACGAGCCACAAAGAAGCGGAGAGAGUGAGAAAAGAGAUGCUUAAGAGAUGGAGAAAGAACGGGGGAGUGAAACCGAUGAAACGCGUAAAGAGACACUUUGACGGUGAGAUCAAGAAAUCCGACUUGCAUAAUGUUAUAAGUGAGAAAAUAGAAAUAACAGUAUUCAGCGAAACAGAGUCCGACGUACCCAUUAGCGAAUAUAAAUCAAGAAUAAAUAGUUUAAAGGAAAGUGUUACCACAAAUGAUACUAAUAAUUCACUUACAAACAACGAUGUGAAUAACGGAUUAGUUAUUGAUCAAGAAAACUCAGAAAUUAAUAUACCAAAAACUGAGAAACCGGAUGAGGAUGAUAGUAAUUAUGAAAACCAGGCUAUAAACGAAAUAAAUAGAGAAACAAGCAAUCACAACAAUGAUAAAGAAAUAACAAGUGAUGAUGUUGAAACAAAUCUACAAUUAUCAUCUGUUAAUGAAGAAAAGACGUGUGAAAAAUAUGAAAUAGCUAGUGAUAAUAUAAAACUUGGUGAAUGCAAAGAAAUGAAUGAUGAAAUUACAUUAGAAAAUAAUAGAAGUAUAAAUGGUAAAAUAAUUAAAAUAAACUAUAAACAAGAGAAACAGAAUGUUAAAAAUGAUGCAGUUGCAUCAACCAAAAAUCAUACAGAUAGUAUAAAUAAUAAUAAAGAUUUAGGACAAGUUGAUAUAGAAAACGACAUAGAAACAGCGAUACAGUCAAAUGCUAGUGAAAACGAUGAAAUGGAUUACACCAAUAGUUUAGCAGAAUCAGUCAAACUUAGAAAAAGACAAUGUGUUAGAAAGGUUAAAAAGAUAAGCUAUAGAUAUUCAGAUAAUGAAGAAGAUGAUGAUUUAAUAAAUAAUAGUAAAAGGAAUAAGCUUGCUAGUGUUUCUGACCAUUAUGAGAAUCUUACAAAUUAUCAAUUACGUCUAACAAACGAUGAAGAUACGCAAAUCCAAAAUAAUAAUUUAGAUAAAUUAGAAUUAGCGAAGGGUAAAAGAAAAUCAAAAACAAACUUUAAAAUGCCAGAGGAUGAUAGAAAUGCCAAUCCUAAAUCUAAGGAAACAAAUAAUGAAAUGGCAUCUAGAGAAAAUGGUGAAACUGUAGAAAACGUGCAAUCAAACUCCGAGGUUGAUGAAAUAAAUAUAGAAAAUCAUUUAGAAGAAAGGGGUGUUAGAAAAAAAAGACGAUGUGUCAAGAAUUCAGUCAAUACUGAUAUGAACUCUGAUGGUGAUGAAGAAUUUGUGCCCGAUGAUGAAACUGAUGAAGAAAAGAUCAAGUCGCAAAAAUUCAAACUCAAUUCACAUCAAUGCUACGUUUGUUUUAAGUUGUAUGACACGAAACAGAAGCUUCUAGACCAUUGCAAGGAACACUUUGACGUGUGCAAUAUAAAAAUGCUCAAGAAAUGUCCUUUAUGUGAAUUCGUAACCAAUUCGGACUUAGUCAGACAUGUUCGUCUUAUGCACAAAAUUAAUUUGAACUACUUGUACGGUACUCUUAAAGAUAGGAAGAAUAAUAACAACAGGUCGAGGUUCUAUUUUAAUGUUGAGAAUAAUAAAUUCAACGAAGUGGAAGUCAUACCGAGCAUAAAAAAUCUAAAUAGACAAGCCUUUCUCAAAAUUGAUAGGGCAAGACGCGAAAAGAAUGACAAAGAUAUCAAAAAGACGAAGUUGGUUAAAAAAGAUGGCGAAUGGAUUGUUGAGAAGGUACUAAUUAAUACAAAAAAAGGGAACUACGUGUUGCCGGAUAAAGUUGAAAAAGAGCUACUCAAAGGUGAUGUAAAUACUGAAAAAGAACUUGAAAACGGUGACUAUUGCGUUAAAAUGCAAAAGUUAAGUCGCAUUGCGAAGAAGAAUGGUCAGAAAAUGCUUUUCCCUUGUCAGAAAUGUGAGAAAAUAUGUCAGACUUUCAGUGCAUUGAAAUUACAUAUCCGAAGGCACGAUCCUAACGCUAAACCGUUCAAGAAAAAAGUGUGGAAACAUAAACUUAGCGCGGAGGAAUUAAAAGAAUUACAGGAUGCUAAAGAAAAAAUUAAAAACGCAAACGCAAACAACAAAAAUAGAUAUGAGAAACCGAAACCAAUAAUACACAACCAUAAAUGCGACCCAAAACUGAUGGAUUUUUACGAGAAGAAUAUAAAAGGCGGCGAUAUAGAAUUUUGGCAGUUCCUAAAAAUAUUCAACAAGAUGAGCCGGGAGAAUGUUAACGAUUUCCCCGAUUUGGAAAACCGUACGGAAUUUGGAAAUCAUUUUUAUAACCCUGAUUUGAAUACGUCUAAAGAAUCUGUCCGUUCCAAUGAUAGAACUGAUUUGGAUCCAAUAAAAUUGGCUUCGAAUUCGGGCUUAAUACCAAAAAAAACUGAUUCUGUCAGAAAAAAGAAGGUAGUUAAUAUAAAAGUUAGAAAUUUAAAUAAUAAAUAUAAAAGAACUAUUUUAAUCACUAAGAUGGAGUACAUAAAGAGGAAACAAAUUAAAGAAUUGCUAAGAAAGAAAAAUAAUGAAAUAGUCAAUAUAUAGCGAAGUUGUUUCUAAGGCAAAUUAUCACAAUACUCGAAUUUUUUAC